GGUGUUUAUAGAAAAUUAUUUCAAUUUGAUAUAACAAAAAAUUUUUUUGUUUUACGUAAUGAUGGAUUUGAUGGAGAAUUAAAAUCCAAUGAAGGACUUACAUUAAACUCAGCUCAAAUGACAUAUCGUCGAGAUAUGUUAAGUGGUUAUUUAAAACGUUUAUUAUUACAACAAGCAUGGACAGAUGAUUUCCUACAAUAUCUUUCUCGUAUUGGUCGAAUGCAUACAAAUAAUGUUGGACCAACAUCUAUUAAUGUUGAUUAUAUACAUAUUAAUGCAACAUUAAGUUAUAUUGAAACUCUUCUUAUUGAUGCUAUUUGGGUUACAGAUAAUCUUGAUAGUAAAACAAAAAAAGAUAUUUUAACAGCAUUAAGUAAAGUAUUUCGAAUUCAAAGUGAUUUAUUUCUUUUACAUUAUCUCGAACCAUUACAAGAUAAGGAUACAUCAACAACACAUCAGAAAACCGCAGAGAAAUGUGUCUGUAGUUAA